GCAGCAGUAAUAUUUCUACUAGUGCCCACAUGCCCCCCACCCCCCCUCUCAUUCCAAAACAACUGUUCACCGAUGGGUUUCUUCCUCUGAUAUAUCAUUCUAUCUCCUUGGGUGAUCUUGGAAAGAAGCCCUUUUUUUCAGGCUUUCCCUUUCCAGUGUGGUGUGAAGCACUUUCUGGUGUAUAGCUUAGCUUUGCUUGUGUGCUGUUCUUGAGUGGAAUAAAGCUAGAGCGUGCAUUCUUGUGGCUUGGGAUAGGUAGGAUUCUUCCUUCUUCCACAGCCAUGUGCUGCAUGCAGCUUUGAGCUUUGGUAAUUGCUUCUAGGCUCUAGCCACCCCCCAGUCCCAGCUUUAGCCAUCAAGAUCCAAGAAAGAUCAGGACCAAAAAGUCUUGAGCUGCAAUCAUUCCGAGCUGCAUUGUAGUGAGGAAUUGUCCCCUAGCUUGGCUCACUCUUUAUUCCUCAUAUUAUCUGUCCUUACUCUGGCAUUAGAUCAAAGAUCAAGAACACAACUCCCUGUUUCCCUAGGAGAAAAGGAAUCAGGGACAGGCUCAAGCAGCAGCAGAUUCUCCUCAAGAAGCUAUCUGGGAGAAGCCCCUAUAUUUAAUUGGGUCCAAGAGGAGCUAUAGAUGCAACAAUCAUAAGGUAUUGGAGAAAUUAUGUACUUAAUGUUAUUUAGCUGGGCAGGUUCCCUUUGAAGUACACAUAUUGAUGUCUUCCUGCCUGCAUAGGGCCAAUCAUUGCAAAGUUCUUCUCUCACUACGAAGCAGAUGAAGCUUCUCUGAGGAAGGAAGAAGCUCUUGCUUUCUUUGCAUGGAGAAGGAGGCCAUGGAGGGGCAUGUAAAUGUAAUGCUGCCGCAGGAGAACCUGAGAUCGGAUCUCCCCAACGGUGGAAUCGUACUUGGCCAUGACAAGGAAAUCUCAACUCUGCAAGAAGAGAUUUCUGCUCUGAGAUCGAGGCAGAGACAUCUCAACCGGAGAAGACGUGAGGCGCUGGGCAAGCUCAUAGACCUGAAAGGAAGUAUCAGGGUGUUCUGCCGAGUCCGGCCGUCGAUCUCAACCAGCAACAUCAAGAUCAAAUCACCAGUUACUGUCGAACAAGAGAACAUCGCAGUUCGAGCAGUGGGGAUCAAGAAAGAUUCCAGUGUUGAUCGGGUGUUUGACCAGGAGUCAACGCAAGAUGAUGUGUUCCAUGAGGUGAAGCCAAUCCUCCGAUCUGCACUUGACGGGCACAAUGUCUGCAUCCUUGCUUUUGGCCAAACUGGGACCGGGAAGACCUAUACAAUGGAAGGAACUAGCGAUAACCUUGGCGCUGUGCCUCGAGCGAUUCAGGAACUGUUUUCUCAUGCUGCUCAAGAUACUUCAUCCACAUACUCUUUCUCCAUAAGCAUGCUUGAGGUCUACAUGGGAAGUCUCAGGGACUUGUUGGCACCAAGGCAGCAGCCUCUCUUCAGGUCCAUAGAAGGCAAUACAACUUGUAACCUCAGCAUUCUAGCAACCACAAGUGGCUCUGUCCAAGUCGAGGGGCUUACCGAUGUCGCAGUACCGGACCUCAAGAAAGCCAACCAGUGGUACUGCAGAGGGCGGCGAUCCCGGUCGACAUCCGGGACAAAUGUCAACAAUGUUUCGAGCCGAUCACACUGUUUGACAAGAAUUACCAUAAGGAGAUGUGGAGGUGUGACUGAACAAGUAAGCAAGCUGUGGCUCGUGGAUCUUGGUGGCAGCGAGCGGUUGCUCAAGACUGGUGCAUCUGGGUUGACAAUGGAUGAGGGUAAGGCCAUAAACCUGUCUCUGUCAGCCCUUGGAGAUGUCAUCGCUGCACUAAGGAGAAAGAGAAGCCAUGUUCCAUACAGAAAUAGCAAGCUUACCCAGAUUCUUAGUGAUUCUCUCGGUGAUGGCUCAAAAGUUGUGAUGGUAGUGCACAUCAGCCCUUCCAAGGACGACGUGGGCGAGACAAUUUGUUCGCUGGGCUUUGCGAAAAGAGCCAGGCUGAUAGAAUCCAGUAGAGAGCUUUCAGAGGACUUGAAAAUGUUAAAGCGGAAGCGGCUCGCGGAGCUUGACAAGGAAAUAUGUGACGCCGAGCAAGAGCUCGGGGUUCUGAAUGAACAAAUAAGGAGUGCUGAGAGGUCCGUGGAGGAGAGGAAGAAGCUCUCUCCGUCCGUCUGUCAGGCUCUCAGCGACGACAAGGGGUCGCCCAGAAGCAUUCUGGUGGCAGGGCACAUUGAUGCCGUGGACAGCCCUCAGGCAACCGAGAGGGCCAAGAGCAGGAUGGCCCAUCAUGGAUCAGUCCCUCACUUUAUGUCCGCAACAGUGUGCAGCCGUCAAAGACACGGCGCGGCAAGCCAUUCCGUCAGUAAGCCGAGGCUGACAAGAUCAGUGAACACGUACUCAUCUAAGCCCAGUGGGAGCCAGUCGUUCAGCCACUCCGCAUCCAAGGCUAAGUCAGUGGCACUCUCAUCCGGUGAGCCUAGGCUGAAAUACUUGUCCGUCAAAUCUGAUCAGAUCAACGUAAGCAGUAACAGCAUCGAUUCGACGGCAGCGUCGGCGCCUCGGCCUCGGCCAAGGGAGAGUCUUGUUUCCAGGCCGGUACAGAGAGCUCCCCUGCAUCAGCACAGGAGAAGGAUGUCAUGCUUAACCUGAGCUCGCAGAAAUACUACAUACAGAUUACAUAGCACUGAUUUUGACUUGUUGUUUCGUGGUGAAAUGUUUUGGGAACAUGUCUGCAGCUGUUUGAUAGUUUGGGUGUGUAAACUUGUGUAACUACUGGAGGGCCCUUCCGUUGCUCUUUUUGGUUUCAAACGGAAGGGCACAAGGAUGUGAGUGUGAGGGGUAUGGUAAAUGGAGUUGUAACUGUUAGAAGGGAGAGAGGGAUUGGUGGAAUAGUUCGUUGUAUCGCUUGAGCCUCGUGGGCAUAUAUAUAGGAGUAUAUGAUCUACUUGGAGUACAA